AAAAGGUUGUAAACAGGAAAACUCACAUUUUGUCAUCCAUAGAUAACGAGAUAAUCUUAUUAUAUUGGACAAUCUUUUUUUAUGUUUUAUGUCAUUAUCAAUAUUUAUCAAUUAUCAAUUAUACUUGCCUGCCUUAUUUGAUCAAAUUAAAGAUUUUUACUUAAUGUUUCAUUGAGGUAGUCUACGUGUGUGUGUGUGUUACUCUGUUACUCACAGAGUGGUUCAGGAGGUCCUUUGUACCUGUAGCCAUCAGACUUUACAAUGAUAUCAUAAGAUAGUGACGGGGCACUGCAAUAAGUCUGAAUCCUCUUCAUCCUUCCUCAUUUUCUUAUAUAGUUUUGCUUAGUUUUAGGCUUUUUGUAUAUAUUAUUUGUUCUUAUUUAUGUAUGUGUUUUGUGUUUAUGUAUGAGCUAUUGGAUACAUGAAUUUCCCCAAUGAGGAUGAAUACAUCUAUUUACCUGCAAUAUUUUUGUAAAUACCAAAAAUAAUGUAAAAGUAUACUUUGCACAUGCGCACUCGAGUCGUGUCGGGUGGUUGUCACCCUCGCAUCACUUCCUGGUUUGACUCGAGACUGUUUACAUCAGGUGAGGCCACCUCGAUAAACGCACAACAGGCGCGUGCGCUUCUGUUUUUUGUUAUUUGAAACGAGGCCCUAAUCUGGAUUAUUCUAUUUCGUCGAACGCACGCGGAGGAGGAAUACAACAUGUCCCCGGCCGCCACCUUCCACGCGCAACUCGCGUCCAUCAUGGAGGUGCUCGCGAAUACGGCCGUGGCGGAGAUCUGUGAGCUCGUGGACGGCGGCUACGCGGUGCUGCAGCUGGAGAUCUCUCGGAACCGCAAAGAGAACGAGACGCUGCGGAGGAAGCUGCGUCUCAUGGAGCUCCGAGCUGCCCGCGCGAGCGCCCUGCGAGCCGUGGCCACUGCCAACGGCUCCACUUUGCUGCUCGCGGGCGGCCGCGCACGAGCCUCGCUGGCCGCUCAUCACCCCGGCAACGAGCCGCGGAGGAACAGAACACCUGGAGGUGAGGUGUCGCUGUCCAGAGUGUCCCCCCAGGAAACGCUGCGGUGCAGGAACAUCCAGCCAUCCCAGGACUCCAGACAGGAAACCACACAGCAGGCACAGCCUGCAGCAUGUGAGUCGGCCAAACUGACGACUGCAGUGAUCAAGGUGGAGGAUGAUGAUGAGUCCUGGUCUCAGUCUGAGCAGGAAAAAGAUUUCUGUCAUGUUAUUGAAGGACAACAGAUGGAGACACAAGCUGCGCCUCUAUUGACCAAACAGGAAGUAGUAGAGGAUGGAGGCACAUCUCUGUCAUGGACGGAUGGUGACAUCAGCUCCAACACCAGCAAGAUGCCAGACAGCAGCGACCCGGCAGGUUAUGACUGUGUGAUAUAUGAGCCGCAGGUCCAACAUGGCCCCUGCAGUACCCAGAAUCCUUUGCGUGAGGACCCAGGCUGCUCGUAUAUGUUGAACACCAGUGAGAGCGUUUCAGAUGCGUCUGAUUUAGGUGGCAACUUCUCGUUCGCUGUCAGUGAGGUGACUCUGUCUGUGGCAGAGCACCAGCAGCCCGCAGGCUUCCAGGACAGCCAGCAGAGGGCGCCGUUACCUGCAGAUGAGGCGCAGCUUCCUGCGAGGAAAGAAUUGCAGCAUGCUUAUGUCAGAAGGGACGGGUGGAGACGUCAGGACAGCGUCAGCAGAGAAGAUAGCGGCGGGAAGGCGUUUGUCUGUAACUGCUGCGGUAAAACUCUGGCCUGCCUGAAGAACCUGAAGACACACAUGAGGGUCCACACGGGCGAGAAGCCUUUCGUCUGUGCACUCUGUGGCAAACGCUUCUCCGACUCCAGCAACCUGAAACGCCACCAGAGCGUCCACACCGGCGAGAAGCGCUACGGCUGCGUCCACUGCGGUAAACGCUUUGCCCAGUCAGGAUCCCUGAAAGUCCACAUGACCGUCCACACGGACUGCAAACAGUUCAGGUGUUCGUACUGUGGAAAGACGUUCAUCUCCGGCAGCCACCUGCGCCGCCACAUCACCGUCCACGCAGGAGAGAAACGCUUUGCUCCAACGUCUCAGUGACAGGUGGGACCAUGGGAGAAUGAGUGCAGGGGUGAAAUCCUGCAGGACAGUGAAAGUUCUUCAAGGUGGACAAAAUAAAAACACACCAAAGCUGAAACGAUUAGUCAGAAAAAUGUUAAAACUCUUUGGUUCUAGCUUCUCCAGUGUGAGGAGUCACUGCUUUUCUGUAUCAGUGUUUAAUCGAAUAAUUUUGGGUUUGAACUGUUUAUCCGUCCAAACAAGACAUUUGAAUACUUCAUCUUGAGCUCUGGAAAACUGGGACAGACAUUUUUCACUGUUUUAUAAACCAAACAAUUAAAAAGGUGCCGUAUACCACAUUCAGCCCCAUAAUCUCAGACCACAACAAAUUGUUCACACAUUAAAGUUGGGUAUAAAAACGUGUCACUUGAACAGACAGCUCAAGAAACUCAGAUCAAAUCGUUAAACUAAGCAGUACUGAUCAAAUAUGGAUGAUUUGAAUAUGAAAUAUGUUGUUACUGUAUUGCCUGAUUCUCAGGACAGUUUGAUGAAUGAUAAAAACACUGACAGCCAAUCAAAAUCCAUCCUAUAAAACCAUACAGCACAACAAAAUCUGCAUUCAGCCUGACAUUUACAGUAAAACUUCAAAACCUGCAAAUAUCAUCUUAAUUAUGGAAACUGAGCAACUUGAUUUAUAUUUUAUUGUAGUGCAGCUUUUGCUCCUCUAUCAGCACAGAUUGGAGCAGAAUGACACCAAGAGGUGAUUUCUUUAGAGAGGUUUGUCUUGUCUCUGUUUAUUAUACAAAGUUGCUGGAACUUUUUUUUCUAUUAUAAUAUAAAAAAAAUGACAAAAUCUUUUAGGCUUUAGGUACGUUGGUCAUCCACUGCUCAUCUUUCUCACUUUUGCACAUCGCACCUGAGCAUCUUCUGCUGUCGAUCGGGUCAGUUUGGUCUGUAAAUAUUUAAACAUCACAGCAACUUGUUUUCCGAAAUACUUCUGAUCAACACACUGAAUCAGCACCCACCUUCUGGUUUUCUUUUUAUUUCUCCGUACAACGUAAAGCAGUAACAGAUCAUCAAUAUCUAUUUUCAUAAGCUGCUGACUCAGCUGGAACGCUCAGCACAUGCUGUUUAUGUGCCGCUGUUUACAGGACAUUAUUGUUUGUAAGUGUGAAUGCUCACAUGGUUGCUGUUAUACUUACUGUAAU